CUCAAUGAAUGCAGUGCUGCCACUGCUCACUCCACGCCAUUACUCGUGUUCAGUAUCCCGGCAGCUCUUUCUCUCUCUCUCUCUCUCUCUCUCUCUAUCGUCUCUCGCACUAGGCAUCUCCUCACACUUCAUACUGCGGCCCAGUGCCCACAGAGCUGCUGUACAAAGGGAGGGAGGAGAAAACCAGCGAGUGAAAACUGAGCAGAACGAAAUGCAGUCAUUUCCUGGUUCGCCCAUCUCCUCCGGAGCUAUCCCCAGCCUCUUGUGGUGUCUUCUUCUCUUGACCUUGGCAAGCAGCAAUGGUGUGUUUGCCACAGCACUAAAGGAUGGGUGUGGCUACAAGCUGGUGUCCCUGGUUCAGCAACCCAAUGGGGGCGGCCUUGUGGGCUACCUGCAGGUGAAGCAGCGCACCUCCACCUAUGGCCCUGACAUCCCUUGUCUCAGGCUCUUUGUCAAGCACGAGACGAGGGACAGGGUGCGAGUGCAGAUCACCGAUGCAGAGAAGCAGAGGUGGGAGGUCCCCUACAACCUGCUCCCCCGGGAGCCAGCCCCACCGGUGACCGGCGCCAAGAUCACCGGCGUCCCCUUCACCGCCCCUGAGUUCCCGGGCGAGGAGCUGGUGUUCACCUAUGGCCGCGACCCGUUCUGGUUCGCGGUGCACCGCCGGUCCACCCGGCAGCCGCUGUUCAACACCAGCUCCGGUGCGCUGGUGUUCAAGGACCAGUACCUCGAGGUGUCCACGGCGAUUCCCCAGGACGCCGCGCUGUACGGGCUCGGCGAGAACACGCAGCCCGGCGGCAUCAGGCUGCGGCCCAACGAUCCCUACACGCUCUACACGACAGACAUCUCGGCCAUCAACCUCAACACCGAUCUCUACGGCUCGCACCCGGUUUACAUGGACCUCAGGAGCCUGGGCGGCCGCGGCGUGGCGCACGCCGUGCUGCUGCUCAACAGCAACGGGAUGGAUGUCUUCUACAAGGGAACGUCCCUAACGUACAAGGUCAUUGGGGGUCUUCUUGAUUUCUACUUCUUCGCCGGGCCGACGCCGUUGGCCGUCGUGGAUCAGUACACGUCGAUGAUCGGCCGCCCUGCGCCCAUGCCCUAUUGGGCAUUUGGGUUUCAUCAAUGUAGGUGGGGGUACAAGAACCUUUCAGUGGUAGAGGAUGUUGUGGAGGGCUACCGGACUGCCCAGAUACCCCUCGACGUGAUCUGGAACGACGACGAUCACAUGGAUGCCGCCAAGGACUUUACUCUCGACCCUGUCAAUUACCCACGCCCGAAGCUACUGGCAUUCCUUGACAAGAUCCAUGCUCAGGGAAUGAAGUAUAUUGUGCUCAUUGACCCUGGCAUUGCCGUGAACAACUCCUAUGGUGUUUACCAGCGUGGCAUGGCGCGCGACGUCUUCAUCAAGUUGGAUGGGCAUCCAUACCUUGCCCAGGUCUGGCCUGGCCCUGUCUACUUCCCGGACUUCCUUAAUCCGAACGGCGUGUCAUGGUGGAUUGAUGAGGUGCGGAGGUUUCAUGACCUUGUUCCGGUGGAUGGGCUCUGGAUUGACAUGAACGAGGCCUCAAACUUCUGCACCGGCAAGUGCACAAUCCCGAAGAAGCACAAAUGCCCUGUGCCGGAGUCAAAGACGCCAUGGGUCUGCUGCUUGGAUUGCAAGAACCUUACAAACACAAGAUGGGAUGAGCCACCUUACAAGAUCAAUGCCUCUGGACAAACUGCUCGUCUCGGUUUCAACACCAUUGCAACCAGCGCUACACACUACAAUGGCAUCCUGGAGUACAAUGCACACAGCUUGUAUGGCUUCUCACAGGCCAUUGCCACGCACAGGGGGUUGCAAGGACUCCAGGGCAAGAGGCCAUUCAUCCUGACGCGUUCCACGUUCGUCGGGUCGGGCGCAUAUGCCGCGCACUGGACGGGCGACAACAAGGGCACAUGGGAAAAUCUCCGGUAUUCAAUCUCGACGAUGCUCAACUUUGGCAUCUUCGGCAUGCCGAUGGUUGGCGCAGACAUCUGUGGCUUCUACCCGUCGCCCACUGAGGAGCUCUGCAACCGGUGGAUUGAGCUCGGGGCCUUCUACCCGUUCUCCAGGGACCAUGCUAACUUCGCAUCUCCGAGGCAAGAGCUCUAUGUCUGGGCGUCCGUGGCGAAGUCGGCACGGAACGCCCUCGGCAUGCGGUACAAGCUGCUUCCCUACCUGUACACGCUCAACUACCAGGCGCACCUCACCGGCGCCCCGGUGGCACGGCCGGUGUUCUUCUCCUUCCCCGACUUCACGCCGUGCUACGGGCUGAGCACGCAGUACCUGCUCGGCGAGAGCGUCAUGGUGUCCCCUGUCCUUGAGGAGGGCGCCACUUCUGUGAGCGCAAUGUUCCCGCCGGGCAGCUGGUACAACCUGUUCGACGCAACGAAGGUGGUGGUGUCCAAGGGCGAGGGCUCGGUGAAACUCGACGCGCCGCUCAACGAGAUCAACGUGCACGUGUACCAGAACACGGUCCUGCCCAUGCAGCGCGGCGGGUUCAUCUCCAAGGACGCCCGGGCGACGCCGUUCACGCUCGUGGUCGCGUUCCCGUUCGGGGCCACGCAGGCGGACGCGGAGGGCGCCGUGUUCGUGGACGACGACGAGCGGCCGGAGAUGGUGCUCGCGGAAGGGCAGGCGACGUACGUCCGCUUCUACGCCAGCGUGCGCGGCAAGGCCGUGACGGUGCGGUCGGAGGUGCAGAUGGGGAGCUACAGCCUGCAGAAUGGACUGGUCAUUGAGAGGCUCUCGGUGUUGGGACUGGAGGGAACCGGCAAAGACCUCGCCAUUCAGGUGGAUGGCACCGACGCCACCGCCAUUGCUACGUCAAGCCCUUACUUCGCAGCAGGUGCCAACGCGAAGCUGCAUCGGCAAGAAGGCGUCGAGAGUAGCAAGAAGAGCGUCAUGGUGGAGGUGGGCGGUCUGGCAUUGCCGCUGGGCAAGAGCUUCACCGUGACUUGGAACAUGCAGAUCGCAGCAUAGGUCAAGUUUGCCUUUUUGCUUCCAUCUGCAUUUUCUUAAUCUGUAUCUGAUUUAGAUUGUAGUUCUUGCCGUGCUGCUGCUCCGCCAGGUUCUGAAACUUGUCAGCUGGGGGUGCUCUAAUGUAAGAAGCACCCACACAGAUUCACUGAUCAUCAUCCGCAUUGAAGCCUGGAGGAAUAAGACUGAAAUUUUAAUGUUUUUUAAUUUGAUGAAUGAAUCAAUACUUGCCGAAAUGAGGACCAAGAAUCUCAACUCUGGUUAA